AAGCACUCGGCCGACGAGGCCUACCUCGCCUUCAGCGCCUCGGUCUACCCGGACGGCGACGUGUACGCCGUCAAGAAGCACGACGACGAGCAGGAGCGCAAGGCGGCCGGGUCCGACAUCAAGGUCUACGACGAGCUCCUCGUCCGCCACUGGGACGAGUGGACGCCGACCGCCGGCCAGAAGAAGCAGGUUAACUACGUCCGCCUCCACGGCGAGGCGAGCGCGUCGUCGUCGUCGGGCCCUAAGAUCUACAGCCCGCUCGCCGGCACCAAGCUCGAGUGCCCCGUCGGCCCGUUCGGCGGCGCGUCCGACUUCUCGUUCUCGGCAACGCACCUCCUCUUCCACGCCAAGGAUCCGCACGUCAACCCGGCGUGGCACACGCGCACCCAGGUGUACCUCGUGCCGCUCGACCCGCGCUCGGGCGCCGACGCCAAGCCGCGCGCCAUCACGGUCGGCACCCAGGGCGCCUGCUCGUCGCCUGUCCUGUCGCCCGACGGCAAGCGCGCCGCGUGGCUCGAGAUGCGCGAGGACGGCUACGAGGCCGACCGCAACCGCGUCGUCGUGUACGAGAUCGAGUCGAGCUCGAGGUGGGGCGCGACCGAGGAGUGGGACCGCUCGCCGAGCAGCAUCGUGUGGGCGCCGAGCGGCGACAAGCUGUUCCUCACGUGCGAGGACCAGGCGCACGUCAAGGUGUUCCAGCUCGACGUUCCCGUCUCGACCGGCGGCGACGACAAGGCGACGAGCAAGAAGGCCGAGCCUGUCGCGCUCACGAACGCGCACACGGCGUCGGCGGUCCACCCUCUCGCCGACAACGCCCUCCUCCUGACGUGGAACAGCCUGUCGGGCCCGAACCAGCUGUCGCUCGUCGGCGUCAAGGCGCCGCACGGCGACGACCCCAAGCCGCACGUCGCGCUCACGCCGCUCGCGUCGCUCACCAAGGACCUCAAGCAGCGCAAGGCGCUCUCUCCCGGCGAGGAGUUCUGGUUCGCCGGCGACAAGGGCGUCCAGGUCCACGGCUGGAUCUCGUUCCCGCCCGAGGCCGCCAAGGGCAAGAAGUGGCCCGUCGUGAGCCUGUUCCACGGCGGCCCGCAGAGCGCGUGGACCGACUCGUGGUCGACCCGGUGGAACCCGAACGCGUGGAACGGCGCCGGCUACAUCACCGUCGGCAUCAACCGCACGGGCUCGACCGGCUUCGGACAGAAGUUCUGCGACGACAUCAAGGAGGACUGGGGCGGCGCGCCUUUCCGCGACAUCGUCGCCGGCAUGCAGUUCGUCAAGGACGCCUACCCCGAGAUCGACGCCGAGCGCAUGGCCGGGUGCGGCGCGUCGUACGGCGGCUUCAUGUCGCUCUUCGUCCAGGGCCACAACGACGUCCUCGGCUUCAAGGCCUUGGUCUGCCACGACGGCGUCUUCAACACGCAGAACACGUACUACACGACCGACGAGCUCUACUUCCCGCAGCGCGAGUUUGGCGGCGCGCCCUGGGAGGUGCCCGAGAACUACGCCCGCUUCAGCCCCCACAACUUCAUCAAGCACUGGAAGACGCCGCAGCUCAUUAUCCAUGGCUCGAAGGACUACCGCCUCGUCGAGGGCGAGGGCCUGUCGGCGUUCAACACCCUGCAGCGCCUCGGCGUCCCGUCUCGCCUGCUCAUCUUCCCGUCCGAGAACCAUUGGGUCCUGCGCGCGCAAAACUCGCUCAAGUGGAGCGAGGAGGUCUUCCGGUGGCUCGACGAGUGGUGCGGAGGAGAGCAGGCGGCGAAGUAG